AUGGCUACGUUGGCUGCUUCCUCGCUCAACGGCGUUAAGAUCUACAACUUAUCAUCCGGCAAGACACUACCGCAAUGGCUGGCUGAGAAAGGCAAUAGUCGUAAGGCGCUGGCGAAAGAUGAUGAUUACCGUCGACGCAUUGAGCUCCUGCAAGACUUUCAAUUCAAAGCAGGCUCGCAGCAAGUACGCAUGUCCUCGGACCGAAACUAUGUGGUGACCACAGGUGUUUAUCCUCCUUCUGUCAAAGUUUUUGAUGUGCGCGAUUUAAGUUUAAAGUUUGAGCGUGGGCUGGACGCUGAGGUGGUCCGACUCGAAGUAUUAUCCGCCGACUUUGGUAAACUCGCUUUCUUACAAGCUGAUCGAUCUGUGGCAUUUCAUGCUCCAUAUGGUAUGCACUAUAAUAUGCGAAUUCCAAAGUUUGGUCGGGAUAUGACGUACCACCGUGAGAAUUGUGAGUUGUACGUGGCGGCAUCGGAUACCGACGUUUACCGUAUUAACCUGGACCAAGGCCGAUUCAUGGCUCCAUUAGAGUUACAGUCUCAGUCUUCAGCUGCUAACGUGGUUCAGCUUAAUCCUAUUCAUCAACUUCUAGGUGUUGGCUGUGAAAAUGGAAUUGUUGAGAUGUUUGAUUCCAGGAGUCAGCAACGUGUGGGAAGUUUAGACAUUGCAGCUUAUUGCGCGAGUAAUGUAGACAAGCAUUUAGACGUCACAGCAUUACAUUUCGAUAGCGAUGGAUUAACAUUUGGCGUCGGAACAUCCAUAGGUAAGUGUUUAUUAUACGAUUUACGAUCGUCGCGUCCGCUUUUAGAAAAGAGCCAUCAAUAUGGACUGCCCAUCGUGAACCUUCAGUUUCACGACUUUGCGCGCAAAAUAAUCUCGUCAGAUGCCAAGGUGAUAAAGAUCUGGGAUCGUCAGACCGGUGCUGCGUUUACAAGCGUAGAGACGCCUGCAGAGGUAAAGGAUGUAUGUAUUGUAGAAGGUGGACAUGGAAAGUCUGGGGUGUUGCUUGUAGCUGGUGAGCAGGAGCGAUUAAUGAGUUAUUACAUUCCAGAGCUGGGAAUUGCUCCAAAGUGGUGUUCAUUUUUGGAUUCGCUGACUGAGGAAUUGGAAGAAGAGGCGCAGGCUACAGUGUACGAUGACUACCGGUUUGUAACUCGUACGGAUAUUGCCUCGUUUGGACUGGAUCACUUGGUUGGAACUCCAUUGCUGAAAGCAUACAUGCAUGGUUUUUUUAUGGAUGCUCGUUUGUACAACAAGGUGAAAGCUGUGGCGGAGCCCUUUGCGUAUGAAGAGUGGCGCAAAAAAAAGUUGAACGAGAAGGUUCAAGCAAAGCAAGCAAAUCGUAUAGCAAUUCAACGCCGGUUGCCGAAGAUCAAUCGCGCAACAGCCGAGCGGAUUUUGAAUAACGAAGCAAAGCGUAAAAAGCAUUACAAAAAAGACGAAGAGGCCGAUGCUGAUCAGUCAUUGUCGAAUCCGCUUAACGAUGAACGUUUCUCACGUAUGUUCACGUCUUCUGACUUUGAAGUGGAUGAGGAGAGCGAUACGUACCGCAAGCUGCACCCUAAUGCUACCAAUACGAGGCAACAGCGUAUUCAAACGGAAGACAUGGACAGUGAUGCCGAGACGGACGAAGAGAUUGAUGACGAAAUGGGUGGUCGCUUUGCCCGUGUAGAUGAUGAAAAUGAGAUUGAAGAGAUUGAAGGUCAACCAAGUGACGAGUCAUCCGACGAAGAAGAAGGACUUCAAGAGCGUGUUUCAAAGCGUGACGUCUCAAAUCGCAAGCGGAAAUCUGCACUAAAUAUGUAUGAAGUGGCAAAAGGCGAAAAAGUUGGCAACCUUAUGGCCUUUGGUUCGUCAAGUGAUCGUGCUGCUCAGCGUGAAAAGAAACAGCUAGCCAAAAUACCACUUGCUGAGCGGAUGAAAAUGCAGCGUUUAACAGAGAAGGAGCGCAGCGCUUUCAAAAAAGAGGAAACUAUUAGUGGAGGCUACGUUCGUGAGAUGUCUUUCGUCCCACAGGCAGACCGACGCAAACAACAGCGUGCUCGGCAGCGCAUAAGCGGUGACAGCCACGAUGCUCUCGAAACUAGCAGGACGCAGCCAUUUUCGUCGAUAAUUUUGUCAGCAAAAAUGUUGCAGCGUGUUCUGGCCCGCCAGAAUGUGGAAGAGCGUCGGCGGGCUCUUUUCGACUUAAGCGGCAUCACAACGCACCGGCAGUUCAUACUACGCCCCCUUUGGGACGUUGCUCACGCUGUGGACCUGUCAAUUCGUGAGGCAGAGAAAUUAAUGACACAAGUCUCAGCACGAUUAGCCCCUGCCAGUCGGUCGGCAUUUGACCUCUUUUUGGAAAGUGCAAAUAAUCCAACAUUCCUGCGCACCGGACUGGCAAGCAUCGACCAAUCUUUGAAUGGGGGUUUGCAUUGUAAAACACUGUCUGAGUUUGCUGGCGAUGCAGCAAUUGGCAAAACACAAGUUGCUAUGACUCUUGCAGUGGUGUGUGCAUUGGAUUAUCCAAAUAAAGAAGUAAUGUUUUUCGACGUGGAGCAUAAUUUUAGUGUCAAACGCUUGUUGCAAAUUGCUAUUGCGCGCAUCAAAAUGACACAUGCUGGCCAAGAACUUGAUCUAAAUGAGGUAGCUGCCACAGUUACCAAGCGUAUUCGUGUUGUGAGGAUUAGCUCGAUUGCCGCAUAUUUUUCCAAGUUUAAAAAGAUGAAAGCUGCGAUGUGUCUUCACAAAGUUAAACUUCUCAUUAUCGACUGUGUCACGACGCUUUUCGUGAAGGCUGACGACUUCACGUACGCACAGCGUCAGCAUCAUAUGUUGCGACUUGCAAGGGACCUUAAGUUAUUCGCAGACACACACCAGGCGUUCGUUGUAGUCACGAAUCGUGCAACUACAGUUGAAGGCGGAGCGGGACUUUAUACAAAACCGCAGCUCGACGACACUUGGGCGCAUUGUGUCAACACCAGAUUCAUCAUGGAGCGGCAUUCUUUAUAUCGCGCAAUCGCUGUCGUCAAAUCAUCGGUUGCGAGCCAUGUCGUGCAACCAUUUACAGUCAAGGAAUGUGGCGUGGAAUCCUUGAAAUUCGAGACUUCUCAACAACCGGAGUUUGACGAGCUGACAAUCCAUGGCGACAUACCGAGUGACCUUGCAACGGUGGCUCAGUCUGUAGUGGAUGCUGAAUGCACGUUACGGACAACACAUCAAAGAAAUGCGGAAGAUCAGGAUGUUACUAAAGUGGUUUAUCAGGACGAGAAUUACGAGUUGCUCUCGUUCGCACGAAAGACGAAAACAAGCAGCUUUGAGAUUGUGUCCGACUCUAAUUCAGAACAUGACGACGAAUCGCUCUGUUGGAAGACUGUAAUGGAAGAGUAG